GAGAGAGAGAGAGAAAAUAUGGAUAUACAGAAUCUAUUCACGUCAGCCGCGAGUUCGGCGACCGGCAGUCUGUCCUGGUUUUUUCCGACCUUAGCUGCGGCUAUCAUGUACUUUCAAUACGAAGUUAUGGAUCCUGAAUCUCGUCCGAUCGAUGUGCCUUCCGAACUGCUACUGCCUAAUUAUGAUUUUAUAGUGGUGGGGGCGGGGUCGGCAGGGGCGGUAGUGGCGAGUCGCUUGAGCGAAGUGGAAAAUUGGAACGUACUCCUUUUGGAAGCUGGCGGCGAUGAAACCGAAAUCUCGGAUGUACCGCUUUUAGCAGGAUACUUACAGCUGAGUAAACUGGACUGGAUGUACAAGACAGAAGCGCAAGGCGACGCGUGUCUAGCGAUGGAAAACAGUCGUUGCAACUGGCCUCGAGGCAAAGUCAUCGGCGGCUCUAGUGUGCUCAAUUACAUGCUGUACCUUCGCGGCAACAAACGUGACUACGACAUUUGGGAACAAGAAGGCAACACAGGCUGGGGUUCGGCCGACGUGUUGCGUUACUUCAAAAAGUCCGAGGACAAUCAAAAUCCCUAUUUAACCCGAACACCGUACCACGCAACUGGUGGCUACUUGACCGUGCAGGAGGCACCGUGGCACACGCCACUGGCAACGGCAUUCGUGCAGGCAGGCCAGCAGAUGGGCUACGAAAAUCGUGACAUCAACGGCGAGCAUCAAACUGGAUUUAUGAUCGCUCAAGGAACCAUCAGACGUGGCAGUCGCUGCUCGACGGCCAAAGCUUUCUUGAGACCUGCCAGAUUGAGGAAGAAUCUCCAUGUCGCCAUGAAUUCACAUGUUACUAAGGUGUUAAUCGACCCGGCGAGUAAACGGGCCUACGGCGUCGAGUUCAUGCGCGACGACAAGAUCUAUCGCAUUCGCGCUAAGAAGGAAAUUAUCCUGUCCGGCGGUUCUAUUAAUUCCCCUCAAAUUUUGAUGCUUUCGGGCGUUGGUCCAAAACACCAUUUGUCUCAAUUAGGUAUUCCGGUAAUUCAAGACCUGCCAGUGGGUGAGAACAUGCAAGAUCACGUGGGCGUAGGCGGUCUCACUUUUAUGGUCAAUCAGGAAGUAUCAAUGGUGGAGAAUCGGUUGCACAGCGUCAACGCUGUUCUGCAAUACGCAAUUUUCGGCACCGGCCCGUUGACCGUUCUCGGCGGCGUGGAGGGCCUAGCGUUCGUCAACACCAAGUUCGCCAACGCGAGCACAGAUUUCCCAGACAUCGAGCUCCACUUCAUCUCCGGCUCGACCAAUUCCGACGGUGGACGUCAACUACGCAAAAUACACGGGCUGACGAAGCGCUUCUACGACGCCGUCUUUGGCCACAUCAACAACAAGGACGUGUGGAGCGUACUCCCUAUGCUUCUGAGGCCCAAGAGCAAGGGACACAUCAAGCUACGUAGCAAGAACCCCUUCGACCAUCCGCUCAUCUACCCCAACUACUUCAAAGAUCCUCAAGACAUGGCGACGAUAGUGGAAGGCGUGAAGAUCGCUAUCGCGUUGAGCAGAACGGCCGCGUUCAAAAAGUUCGGCAGUGAAUUUAACCCAACUCCAUGGCCAGGCUGCAUGCAUCUGCAGCUCUACACUGAUCCAUAUUGGGAGUGUAUGAUUCGACACUAUUCGGCUACGGUUUACCAUCCGGUCGGAACUUGCAAGAUGGGUCCUUACUGGGAUUCUCAAGCUGUCGUCGAUCCUGAGUUGAAGGUCUACGGGUUGUCGGGUCUCAGGGUCAUUGACGCUUCUAUUAUGCCAAACCAAAUCAGUGGGAAUACCAACGCACCCACGAUCAUGGUUGGCGAGAAGGGUGCUGAUAUGAUCAAAGAGUUUUGGCUGAAGAAGAGGAACAGGGGUUGAAGAGCCGUCUAAUUUUUGCGUGCUAGACAUAUUCGAACAGUCGUACUUCGAGUGAUGAAGUGAUGUACGGGUUUAAUUAAAGUCAGUUCGAUAUCUACGGUUAGUGUGUAUAUAAGUUAAACUAAGCUUUGCAAUACUGUAGAGUAAUUUAUGCAAGCGAUUACCUUUAAAUGUGACUGGAAGAUUAAUCUAUCGUUGCUCACGAUAAUAACACUCGAUGGAUGCUUAUAUUGAAUUUUUAGCAAUUUUAACAUAACAAUAUUCACUCGUAUUUGGCUACAGAAAAGCAACACUAGGAAACAUUUAACCCUAUAAUGCGUCACAUUCUAUACCCAUCGAAUAUAU